UUCUCCCAAAAAUCCAAUCUUUAAUUCAAUCCCUUUUGUUUCACUCAUUGAUUUUCAAAGAUUCAGUAUGAAUUACUCAAAAGAUUAGUUCUUGGAUCUGGGCACCUCUCUUUUCUCUUCACAUGCAUCAAUUCUGCAACGCUAUUUAGUUGGGGGAAUGGCGGCGCCGCCAGCUCAGCCGCAGUUUAUGACCACCAUUGAUCGCAGAACUCAUCCCGACGAGUCACGCAUUGAUGAGAUUGAAUAUGAUCAGAUUAUUGUGCCUGAUAAUAAAAGCUGGAAGAACUUGUUUGCAUAUGUCGGCCCAGGCUUUCUUGUUUGCAUUGCUUAUAUUGAUCCAGGAAACUUUCAGACGGAUCUGCAGGCCGGAGCUCAGUAUAAGUAUGGGCUACUUUGGAUCAUAUUGCUUGCUUCAUGUGCUGCCCUUAUUAUUCAAUCUCUCGCAGCAAACCUAGGAGUUGUUACAGGAAAGCAUUUAGCUGAGCACUGUCGAAAGGAAUACCCAAGAGUCCCAAAUUUUAUUUUAUGGUUUCUUGCUGAAAUAGCUAUAGUCGCAUGCGACAUUCCUGAAGUUAUCGGAACAGCAUUUGCUCUGAACAUGCUUUUCAAUAUUCCACUUUGGUGUGGUGUGCUUAUAACAGGGCUGAGUACGUUGGUUCUUCUGUUGCUGCAGCAAUAUGGGGUGAGAAAGCUUGAGAUUUUUAUCGCUUUUCUUGUCUUGACAAUUGCUGGCUGCUUCUUUGCUGAGCUUGGUUAUGCAAAACCCAACUCGUCUGAGGUUUUAGAAGGCCUUUUUGUUCCCCAACUUAAGGGGCCCGGGGCUACUAAACUGGCUAUUUCACUCCUCGGUGCUAUGGUUAUGCCGCACAAUCUUUUCCUUCACUCAGCACUGGUGCUCUCUAGGAAAAUCCCACGAUCUGUCAGUGGUAUCAAAGAGGCUUGCCGAUUUUACAUGAUAGAAAGUGGCUUCGCCUUACUGGUUGCCUUCUUCAUCAACGUAUCAGUUAUCUCAGUUAGCGGUGCAGUUUGCAAUUCACCGAAUCUUAACUCAAAGGAACUCGAGAGCUGUGAGAACUUGGACCUGAAUGAAGCUUCCUUUUUACUUAAGAAUGUUCUAGGCAGUUGGAGUUCCAAGCUCUUUGCAAUUGCUUUGCUGGCAUCAGGACAAAGCUCGACCAUAACGGGAACAUAUGCUGGCCAGUAUGUUAUGCAGGGGUUCCUCGACUUGAGGCUGAAGCCAUGGAUUAGGAACUUUUUAACUCGAUGUUUAGCAAUUGUUCCUAGUCUAAUUGUAGCUAUUAUCGGUGGAGCAUCUGGCGCCGGAAACUUGAUUAUCGUAGCAUCGAUGAUCUUAUCAUUCGAACUUCCAUUUGCGCUAAUUCCGCUCCUCAAAUUCACGAGCUGCAAGACCAAGAUGGGCUUAUAUGCCAACUCAUUUUCUAUCGCAGCCACUACUUGGAUCAUCUCGUUCUUGAUCAUGGGCAUCAACAUCUACUACCUAGCCGAAAAGCUGGUGACUUCCCUCCGUCAUAGCAAACUGAGCAUAGUGGGCAUUGUGUUUUGUGGACUUCUGGGCUUCUUGGCCAUGCUCGUUUACCUAGCCAGCAUUGCGUAUUUGGUGAUCCGUAAGAACCAGGAGGGCUCUCACCUUAUCGCGUUGUCGGAUAGGCAGGAGGAGAAUGUCACACUACCUAGACAUGACAUAGCUAACAUGCAAUUACCUCAAACAAGAACUAGUGAUCAUCUUUGAACUAAAAUCAUCCUUUUUUUUCUUUUGAUGAGUGGUAAUAAUAUUGGAGUAUCCUUUGUACGA